UGAAUACAUUGAAAACAUGAUAAACAAAAGUCAAACCACAAUUGAAUACGAAAUAAAACUAUAAAACAGUUUUUACAAAAUGCUGAAGUUCUUGCGAGGUUUGCCCAAGGUAGAGCUGCACGCCCAUCUAAACGGCAGCUUGAAUACUGACAGCAUCCGAGAACUGGCUGAGAAGGUGUAUGGCGCGCAGACAGCGGAGUUUUCGACAUUGUGCGAUCAGUUUGUAAAAUUUGAGAAGGGCGCCAAAUUGGACGAGUGUUUCGAAAAGUUUGGAUUCGUGCACAAGCUGACGGCUACCAAGCAGGGCCUGGAAUAUGCCACCGAAUUGGUCAUACGUGAUUUUUCCCAGGACAAUGUCAUAUACGUGGAAAUGCGCACUACGCCCAAGGCAAACGAACAUAUGUCCAGACGUGCUUAUCUGCAGACCGUGCUGGGGGCUAUCAAAAACGCGCGCGAUCUAUAUGAGAUUAAGGUAAAGCUAUUGCCUUCCAUAAAUCGUGGCGAGCCGGUAGACGUGGCUGAGGAAAUUGUCGCUUUGGCUGUCGAGUUUGCCUCUAUGGAACCAGAUAUUAUAGUUGGUAUUGAUUUCAGCGGUAACCCAAAUCAGGGCAAAUUUAAGGAUUUUAUGCCAGCCCUGAGUGAGGCUAAAAAAAACGGCCUAAAGCUUGCCAUACACUGCGCAGAAGUUGACAAUCCCCUAGAAAUUAGAGAGAUGAUCAAGUUUGGCAUGUCGCGCUGUGGACAUGGAACAUAUCUCACCGAAGCCGGGUAUGAGCACAUGAAGGAGGAGAAUAUACCUAUUGAGUGUUGUCUCACGAGCAACAUCAAAUCCGGCACUGUGGCAAACAUUGGAGUUCAUCAUCUCAAGCAGCUGAUGGAGGCAGAUGCGCCCAAGGUGCUGUGUACGGAUGACAGCGGUGUGUUUGAUACGACCCUCACGGACGAGUUCUUUUUGGCAACAGAGACCUUUGGUCUGACCCGGAGUCAGUGCAUUGCGCUAACAAUGGAGGCGGUUGAGUAUGCCUUUGCGACGCGCGAAGAGAAACUAUUGAUGAAAAUGCAGAUUUAUUCAUACACAAGACGGCAAUCCUCAUAAAAUUAAUUAUUGAAUUAUUGAAAUUCUUAUUUUAAAUUAAAAACAGCUACGCUUUGUAUCUUGCUGCUUGCUGUAAACGGCUAAA